CCGCAGGCCGAUCAAAUAUUAAUGCAAAGUCAUUGCGCAAGCGCGAAGCUGCAGCCAUAACGCGGAUUGCAAAUGCGCAGGCAGAACAAAAGAACAUAAUAGUUAAGUUUUACACGAUGUCAAUCACGUUCUUGUCCACUAGCAUUCUUGGCUUUUUCUUAGAAGAAACAGAAAGCAUUCUCUUCAGAAUCAGAUACAGAUAUCAGAAUGUUCUCCAAAAAUUUUAUGAAGUACUAAGUACAAUGAUCUCUAAAAUAUCGACGUCCAAGAAAGAACUAAACGACCUCUUGGAGCUUCCAGUAGACCAACGCAGAGAAGCCUUUGCACGAAUACUGCACAAGGAUAUCGGACAAGGCAUCGUCUCCGAUCUGGGAGGCAAUAAGGGGCUUGCCAUGAGCACGGACUAUUUAUGCACAAAUUCAAAUCUAGUGCAUGCUUACAGACAUUUCUCUUUGACCCUAAGCCCAGGCCCUACGCCCUAAGCAAAAGAGAGCGCGAAGGUGUCGACAUUCUUCAACACUACCACAACUUUUGAUAUUUAGAUUUAUCUGAGUUAACUGUCAGACAUCCUUUUCAUUGAGGACUCAUUUUCCUCAUUGAUGAUGGAACACGAACUCAAGUCCUGCAAUGCGUAUAAUUAUUCGCACAUUCUUUCAUAAUCCGCGCUACGAUGUGGUGUCUCACCUGAAAACAGUAUGCGAGACCUGGUUCGAAGUGGGCUGCUUUGUUUGCGCCAGGAGCUGAUCCUCAUUCGCAAAAGUCUAGCGGCCAUGCAACUUGUCUCAAAUAAUGAUUCGUCUCCUGAGGACCAUAUUAUGGGUAGCACGAAGUCAGAUGAAAUUAAGGAGAUCGUAGAAUUUGCUUAA